CGCCCACCGUUGAAAUUAUUAUGCAGCGAUGGUGGAGAAGAAAAUAGCAGUGCGAUCCCAGGACCCAGGCCAGCGGCGCGUUUUGGACUGCGCUACGCGCCAGCGACGCUUAACCAGACAGCUAGAGGCACUUGAAAAGGACAAUUUCCAGGAUGAUCCUCAUGCCAGCCUACCCCAGCUGGCCAAGAGGCUCCCUCAGUUUGAUGACAGCAAUGAGUCUGGCAAGAAGAGGAAGAAGACAAGAGGAGAUCAUUUCAAAUUGAGAUUUCGGAAGAACUUCCAGGCUCUACUGGAGGAAGAGGAACUAAGUGGGAAUGAGGGACCUAACUACCUGACUGCUUGUGCCGAGCCCUCCAAACUGCCGCAGCGCCACUUCUGUGCCGUGUGUGGCUUCCCGUCUCCCUACACCUGCAUUUCCUGUGGGGCACGCUACUGCUGUGUCCGCUGCCUGGGCACACAUCAUGAAACCAGGUGUCUGAAGUGGACUGUGUGAUGCUCUCAGCUGUUUCUCACAAAUGCAGUUCUCCCCCUGGUGGUGACAGUGCAGUACUGUCACAGAAUCAAAUAAAGUUACACACAAUCAGGUAUGAGAUUUUUUGUUUACUGUUUACUUGAGAGUUAAAGAUGCAGUGUUGGAUCUUAAUUAAGCACAGCAAAUUUGUAACAUAUUGUACGAUUGGAUUUGUAACAUACAAAUUGCCAUACGAAAUGGCCGACGUAGUACAUCAUUGGAUUACGUAGUACACAAUUGGAUGAUGUAGUACACAAGAAAUGGGGACCCGUUUUGGCUUGUGAGCACCACUUUCAAAACAACUGGCUGAAAUUAUACAAAAGUUCUGGAGCAUCACGUAAAAAAAUACAACAUUCAAGAAUUCAGGGCAACAUUCAGUAUGACAGUACCUCUUUCAGGUGUGUGCCAGUCCUUCAGCUGCCAUAUGAAGUAGAGAGUAGACAGCAGGCACAGAGAGGUUAACAAAAGGUACACCAUCAACCCAAUACAAUCCAGACCUGAGGAAUAGGGGAUGGUGAGUGAGUCCACAGGAAGGGAUGCAAAAUAUGGCACACACUACCAUUCAAUAGUUUACGGUCACUUAGAAAUGUCCUUGUUUUUGAAAGAAAAGCACAUUUUUUGUCCAGUAAAAUAACAUCAAAUUGAUCAGAAAUACAGUGUAGACAUUGUUAAUGUUGUAAAAUACUAUUGUAGCUGGAAACGGCUGAUUUUUAAUGGAAUAUUUACAUAGACGUACAGAAGCCCAUUAUCAGCAACCAUCAAUGGCAUGUUGUGUUAG